AGGCGCGGGCGGGCGCGGGCGCUGCGGCUGCGCCAGCGGGCCCGGCAUGGCGGACCAGGAGCUGGAGGCGCUGCGGCAGCAGCGGCUGGCGGAGCUGCAGGCCAAGCACGGGGAUCCUUCUGGUGAUCCAUCGCAACAGGAAGCAAAACAGAGGGAAGCAGAGAUAAGAAAUACUAUUUUAGCUCAAGUUCUUGAUCAAGCAGCUCGUGCAAGAUUAAGCAAUUUAGCACUUGUGAAACCAGACAAAGCAAAAGCAGUAGAGAAUUAUCUUAUACAGAUGGCAAGAUUUGGACAGCUACCUGGAAAGGUAUCGGAACAAGGUUUGAUAGAAAUACUUGAAAAAGUCAGUCAGCAAACAGAAAAGAAAACAACAGUAAAAUUCAACAGAAGGAAAGUACUGGAUUCUGAUGAAGAGGAUGAUUAUUAAUACUACUGUAAGACUGUCUGCCAAGCAAAAGGCCUGGAAAAAGGCAACAUGCUGUUAGCAGGCAGAAUGCAAGAUCUGAAAAGGUUUACGCUUCUUUUUUUUAUAUAAAAAGGCCAACAAAUGAACUUGUAAAAUAAGUCUGAGAAGGGGAUUCUAUAACUUAAAUUUUAGUAUGAUAAGAGGCCUGAGCAUUGUGGGCUUCCCCACUGAUUAGUUAGCAUGACCAUUUUGUUGCCCCUUACUCAGUGUGUAAAAGCUACACUUUCAGCAUCUGCACACACUUAACUUGCUGCUAUUGUAGACACCAUAAGGAGAAGCUAAGAGUAUGAAGCUGGGAACACCCACUCCCUCUAGGAGUUUAAUGACUUACCUCCUGACUCUAAAUCACAGAAGUCUUAGAAAUGAGAUUUCCUGAGGCCCUGAAAGAAGCCUAUUCAGCAGCUCACUGGCUCUCAAGUCUUUGCUGCAAAUUUAUCAAGUACAGGUAUCAAAGGAGUGUUUGGAUCAGAGUACUUCACAUCAGGCAGUCUGUGUGAAGAAACUGUAAGCAGCACACAACUGAACUGUUUCCCUAUGAAAUGAUCGAGCUAUCUCAUAAAAAGCAAGUUAACUGUGUAAUACAGCACUGUUCAGACACUUGGUAUCGUAUAUUCUUAAAACUACCUCCAUUUUUAUUAAAUGGCUGGAGUGUUUCUUACCUUGAGACCUUUUCCUAACCUUUCUGCAGCUCCUGCAUGUAAAACUGAAAGUGUGCUAUAUGUUUAUUCAAAAAUAUGGUUAUGGAAAUAAGUAGGAUAAAUACUGUAACGUGCUGAUAAAACACUCUACCACCACAAAACCCUUUUCUGACAUAAUUUAAGAACAUGUAUGAUCCCAACUGCAGUCUUUUUUUGGAACAGAAUAAAAAUGUUUAAAGUGA